CUCUGCCCCAUCCCUCCAAUGACCGCUUCUCCGUGUCUCAAUGUAAAUCAAUUACGUCGGCGACCGUUUUGGUCGCCCUUUUUAUUCUAAAGACACUUUUCUUUGUCAAUCUCUGGUCUCGUCGAAACAUAUUUUAUUGUGUCGCUAAGAAAACUUUCGCGCAGCUGUGGGCAACUUUUCGUCGAGCUGAGGGGAAGAAAGCGUUAGCUCAUUCAGCUAGCAACAGCAGCAGCUUUCUUCGGAUUUUCCAGCAUCUACUGGAGUCAACUAGCACUGUAUUCCGCUGGGUUUUAAAUGUUUUUGUGCGUCCAGAAGUGAACUGACCUUUAUGGAUUAGCUGGAUAAUUCCCCCCCUCGUAAAUGAAAGGAGAAUAUCGGAAACAUUCGGUUUAAGUGCCUGUGCUGUUGUGAGGAUGAGCAGCAAGCGGAGUUUGUUUGUGCGGCUGGUGCCGUGUCGCUGCUUGCGGGGCGAGGAGGAGACCGUCACCUCGCUGGACUACUCGCACUGCAGUCUGGAGCAGGUCCCCAAAGAGAUCUUCAGCUUCGAGAAGACACUGGAGGAGCUCUACCUCGAUGCAAACCAGAUUGAAGAGCUGCCCAAACAACUUUUCAACUGCCAGUUGCUCCACCGAUUGAGCCUACCAGACAACGAUCUUACGGUGCUACCGCCUGGCAUCGCAAACCUCAUCAACCUCAGGGAGCUGGACGUCAGCAAGAACAGCAUCCAGGAGUUUCCUGAAAAUAUCAAGAACUGUAAAGUCCUGGCCAUUGUAGAAGCAAGCGUGAACCCCAUAUCCAAGCUUCCAGAAGGUUUCACGCAGCUCCUCAGUCUGACCCAGCUCUACCUGAAUGAUGCCUUCCUCGAGUUCCUACCAGCCAGCUUCGGCAGACUAACCAAACUGCAGAUCCUGGAGCUGAGGGAGAACCAGUUAAAGAUGUUGCCAAAGAGCAUGCAUAAGCUCACGCAGCUGGAGCGCUUGGAUCUGGGGAGUAAUGAGUUCACUGAAGUGCCUGAAGUACUGGAGCAGCUUACAGGAAUUAGAGAGCUGUGGAUGGAUGGAAAUAAGCUGACGUUUUUUCCAGGGAUGAUCGGGUCACUGAAGCAGCUCAACUACUUGGACAUGUCCAAAAACAAUGUUGAGAUGAUUGAUGAGCAGAUAUCAGGCUGUGAAAACCUGCAGGAUCUGCUGCUGUCCAACAACGCUUUGACACAGCUGCCAGGCUCAAUAGGUUCACUGAAGAGACUGACUACUCUGAAGGUGGAUGAUAACCAGCUCAUGUACCUGCCUGACACAAUAGGGGGUCUCACAUCUCUGGACGAGCUGGACUGCAGUUUCAAUGAGAUUGAGGCAUUGCCGUCCUCCGUCGGUCAGUGUGUCAACCUGCGAACAUUUGCUGCCGACCACAACCUGCUCGCUCAGAUGCCUCCAGAGAUGGGCUGUUUGAAGAACGUCACUGUGCUUUUCCUGCACUCAAAUAAGCUGGAGAAUCUACCGGAGGAGAUGGGUGACAUGCUCAAACUCAAGGUCAUCAACCUCAGCGAUAACAAGUUGAAGAACCUUCCUUACAGUUUUACAAAGCUCAACCAGAUGACUGCAAUGUGGCUGUCUGAAAACCAGUCGAAGCCCCUGAUUCCCCUGCAGAAAGAGGAAGAUCCAGAGACACACAAGACCGUUCUCACAAACUACAUGUUCCCACAACAGAGCAGAACUGAGGAGUAUGUACCCAACACAGACAGCGAGAGCUUUAACCCAUCUCUAUGGGAGGAGCAGCGCAAACAGCGGGCGCAAGUGGCGUUUGAGUGUGAUGAGGACAAGGACGAGAGAGAGACGCCCCCGCGGGAGGGCAAUCUGAAGCGCUACCCCACACCGUACCCUGACGAGUUGAAGAACAUGGUGAAAACAGCCCAGUCCGUCGCACACAGACUCAAAGAGGACGAGUCCGGUGACGAGGCAGGAAAAGAGACCAGGACCAGCGAGAGGAAAACCAUUGGAGUUCAAGAUGUGGGAGUGAAGGUGAUUGAAGGUCCCUGCACCAAUGGCAAAGCUGUUGAGAUGGAGCCCAAAGCAACUGUGAACAGUCACCAAAAUUGUGAACUGAGAGACUCGACGGACAACUAUAUUGUUGAAAGAAUCCCUCUCAAGACAUCAGAUAACAUGAGAACUAUGGUUAACCAUGAUGACACCACUGAGGACUCAGAGGAGCUGUCAUCUGAAGAGGAGGAGAUGAAGAUUGCAGAGAUGAGACCUCCACUCAUCGAGAUCUCAAUUAACCAACCUAAAGUAGUGGCCCUCAGCAAGGACAAAAAGGAUGAUGGAAAGGAUGCUGAUUCUCUGCUGGACGAGACUGUUGCCAACAGUAACCAGAACAAUAGCAACUGCUCAUCACCCUCACGCAUGUCUGAUUCGGUGUCAUUAACCACAGAUAGCAGUCAGGACAACUCCCUCUGCACUCCAGAAAGAGAGUCCAAGAUGCCACUCAUCCCCAAGAAUGGGCAAGAGGAUGAGAACCUAAACCAGUUGAAGAAGACGACCUCUCUCCUACAAAACUGUAACGGUUCGGAGACAUCCCUACAGACAAUCCUGAAGAACCAGCAGAGUUACGAAAGUAAACAAGAUACAACGGCCGACUACAGUCUGUCCAUGGAGGAGAGGCUUGCCCUCAUUGAGAAGGGUAUUAACAAUGGAAUGGCGGACCAGUAUAGCAAGUGGGAUCAGAUCAACAUGAAUGUGGCUAAGCUCCCACCUGACAACAUGGUGUCUUACGAGGACCUGGAGAGGACCAAAACAUCUUCAACCAAGGAGUCCAUGUCAAGCAACAACAAUGCUAUGGUUUCAAUUGAGAAUCUCGAGAAUGGGAAUCGGCUUAAAAAAAUCCAUUCUGGAGAGAAUUUUAAUGGACGAACGGAUCAAGUUCCCUUGCGGUACGAGACUACAAGGACCGUCUCAACAGGCGUAACGGCAUUGAGCGACAUGAGUCUGUCUCGUAGCACCGAGGAGCUGUCACCAGAAAAGAAGUGUCCACCGCCCCCAGUGGUUAAAUCUCAGAGCAUCGCCAACAUGGACGCUGGUGGGAUGAAGCUGUAUUCUAUCGAUGGAGAAAGCCCAUCGUACGAGGUGGCAUGCUCGGCCAGAUCUCUAAGUGGUGCACAAGGCCAAAGCAUCGUUCGUUCGAAGUCUGCGUGCUUGCUCAAUGACCAGCAAUUGCAGAUCUACCCUGGUUCCUCUGCUUCUUCAUCUGAUCUUCUGUCCAGCUCUAAAACUCAAGCAAGCACCGCACGCUACCCUGUUGGCCCUCCUCCACAGUACAACAUCCAGUAUGCCAGUAGCGCCAUGCCCAAAGACAACUUAUGGAGUCCACGUAUCCCUGUACAUUCAGAGCAACCUUACCUACCCCCACAACACUCCCUUGCCAACAACAACUACUCCAACCGCAACAACACCUCUCCUUACCCCCAGCAGCCCCAACAGCGUGGACCUCCUAAAACUCCAGACAUGUGGGCAAAGGAGAGGAUGCUGCCACCUGGUGGCCAACGUAACACCUUGCAGAGACAAUGUAGUGGUUCGUCUGGCACCACUUCUGGCAUGGGUAUGUUGGAUCCCCGCCGGAUGCCAGGAAUGGAAGGAGAGUACAUGACCUACCGGGACAUUCACACGGCAGGACGUGGGCCUAUGCAGAUGAGCCAGGGUCUUCACAGGCCCCUAUCAGCUCGUACGUACAGCAUGGAUGGACCCAAUGCUCCUCGACCGCAGAGUGCCCGGCCUCCACCUCAUGAGCCUCCAGAGAGGACCAUGUCUGUCAGUGACUUCAACUACCAGCAUGGCAGCCCCAGCAAGAGGUCCAGCAUGAGGGUGAAGUCCGAGCACUCGCUACUGGAUGGGCCAGUCGGGGGAGGCGGAAGGGUUCCGGCAGAUUGGAGGGACCAGGUCAUAAGGCACAUUGAAGCCAAGAAGAUUGAGAAGAGGUUUCUGUCUCGGUCUUUGGCCACUCUCAAUGGCAGUCAGAUCUCUCUGGCCUUUAGCGCAGUAGAUGGACGGCAGUAUGGAGCUUAUGCGACCAGCGAUGAUGUCUUUAGUCCACAUGGACAACAGGGCUACCAUAUCGACACUCUAAGAAAAGUGCCUUCGAUAAACGGCCAAAUGUGUCCUCCAGUGAGAUCUCCCAUGAGCUGCGGUCAGCCACCGAUGGCACGUCACCCCUCAAGAGAGCAGCUCAUCGACUACUUGAUGCUCAAAGUGUCCCAGCAGCCCCCGGGGCCUCCACGUGUCCCUCACGAGACACUCCAGCAGGAGCUCCAUGUGAAGAUUGAGAAGAAUCCUGAGCUGGGUUUCAGUAUAUCAGGGGGAGUUGGUGGCCGAAGAAAUCCCUUCCGCCCAGAAGACAAUGGGAUAUUUGUGACGAGGGUUCAGACAGAGGGACCAGCUUCAAAACUCCUGCAACCUGGAGACAAAAUCAUCCAGGCAAACGGAUACAGCUUUGUCAACAUCGAUCACGGAAAUGCAGUGUCCCUUCUGAAGACCUUCCCCAGCACCGUCGACCUGAUCAUCAUCCGAGAGAUGGCAGCAUAGAGACCUGCUCAGACUGAAUGUUCACUGUCUUAUUUGUGUACACAGAGGAGCCAGUGCUUUACAUAGUCCAUUUUGAACUGAUUUAAACGGGACAGUGCGUAAUCGUUUGUGAAAAGGGGCAAAACCACUGCGUCAAGUGGGAGACGAACGGCAUGCUUCUUAAUGAUAUACGCCUGCACUGUGUAAUCACCUGUUGGUGUAGUCCAACUGUAAUGAAAUCCUGUGCUUUUUUGUGAUAGUUUUUUAAUUGCCUUUUUUUAUGAAAUCGCCUGCAUAGAGUUCUAGUGGGACAUUAGCUGUAGCUGCUGACCUUUGAGGGCAGGGCUCUCCAUAAUGUCUCGUCUUUGUUUUUGUUUGUUUUGUUUUUUUAUUUUAAAGACAUUUUUAAAACCACUUUUUAAUGACCUGUGUGAGAUUUUGAGCUAGAAGACAAUGCUACGUGCUUACUGUGGAAAUGAAUGUUGAACUGAGGUGUGCGAAGCUGAAUUUGAUGUGAAAUCUGUAUUUGUUGGCCUGGUGGUCCAUUUUCUCACUGGGUUGAUUAACGUUGUGAAGAAAUAUCUCCAUAAACUCAAGUGACAUCCACUGGUUAAUGCAACCAACUUGAUCUGGAAUCUCCUCUCCAUACCUUCUGGAAUAUUCUUCCAGUGAAACAAGAGACUUUUCCUCUGUUUUCACAAACUUCCACUGAACCAAAGUGGAAGACACAGACUUUAGCCCACCUGUAAGGAUACGCUGAGAUGCUCCCUGUACGUGAAACAUGGAUGGGAACGUGAAGAACUUCAUUGAGGAUUCCGAAAGAGAAGAAACUUCAACACAUAUGGGAUCAGAAUGUGGUCCGAGCUAGCUUAACCAAAGCAUGUUGGGACAUUAUGGCUGGGAACUGCUGGUGUUAACAUGAACUCUGCCUGGAAUUAUUUCCUCAUAGCAUUCUGGCUUGGCACGAUUCGAAAGUCCACCAGAAUGAAUCCAAAUCACUCCUAGCACUCACACUCAAAAGUUUUUUUUAUUUUUUAUUUUCGUAUUAUUAUUUCUGUUUGGACUUUGUGAAAACAGUUUUCUAUUCUGUGAAGAAGAUUGUAGACGUAUCAUUUUAUUCUCUUAAGAAAAUAUUUCAACGUUCGACCCGCAUCGCAGUCAUGAACGUUUCUUUCUAGGUGGCUUUGACGAGGGCUGAGAAAACGGCAUGUCAAGACAAGUGCCAUAUGACCCUGAACUGUCUGAAUGGGUUCGACCCAGAGCAAUACUCACAGAUCCACGCCGCACAUUCAGUGGCCUUAUUGGGCUGACGUAUGACACAGUGGUCGGAAGAGCAAUAUAGAGUCGUUUUAUUCCACUCGUAGGAUGAA